UUUGUAUUUUUUCAUCCCACAUGGUUUUCCACUGAAAAUAUUGUUCUUGGCAUUAUUUUUUUAGUUUUCCUACUUCUAUAUUUACAUUACCGCACGCAAGUUAAAUUGAUCGAAAGUGGACAUGGCUCCGGUCAAAAGUGACUCUUUGUCCGAUUCGGACAUAGAAGAGGAGUAUUUUGACUGGCAUCAAAACAUUGCCAGAGCCGGUUUUGCAGACAUGCUCUUUGACACUUCCAGGAAUGAAUUAUAUAAAGAAGGUCUUCAAGCUGCCAUCCGUCUGAAGCACGAGCAAGGCAAAAAAGCAAACGUGCUUGACAUUGGGACUGGAACUGGACUCCUGUCGAUGUUGGCCGUCGAGUGUGGGGCUGAUUCUGUGGUUGCCUGUGAAGCGUUUGAACCCAUGGCUGAGUGCGCCGCCAAAGUGAUAAAACUGAAUAGGAUGCAGAACAAAAUUAAAAUAAUAAAGAAACAUUCGACUAAACUUAAAGUUGGUGUUGACUUGGAGCAACGAGCUAACAUCUUAGUGACUGAGGUUUUUGACACAGAUUUAAUCGGCGAAGGUGCCAUUGAGACCUUCCGACAUGCAAAUACUAAUUUAUUAGAGCCUGACAGUUUUGUUGUCCCUCACUUGGCCACAAUACAUGUCCAGCUUGUCUCGGGUAAAAUUUUUAACAGCUGGAUGAGAAUAGAUCCUGAUAAAGACCUGGGAUUGCAGGUUCCAAAGGAAAUGUCCGAAUGUGCAUUUAGCAAUUCACACGACAUGCAAAUCUCGUCGCUUCUGCCCACUGAAGACUUCAAAGCUCUGUCUGAACCGAUUCCUGUGCUGGAUUUUGAUCUGACCUCGCCCUCUUUAGCAUUGAAACGACUUCAAGAGGUGGAGGUUGAAGCAACACAGGACGGCUUUUGCCCUGGAGUGUUUUUCUGGUGGGACUGUAAGAUGGACCCAAAAAGUGAGGUGACGAUGAGUUGUGCGCCCCACUGGGCUGGGAACCCAGAGUGGCGAGACCAUUGGAUGCAGUCCUUCUUCUUCUUCCCGCAAGAAAUUGAGGUCAAGAAAGGAGAACAGGUCAAAUUGACUAGCUGUCACGAUGAAUUCAAUUUCUGGUUUUUCACUGACAAAAAUUCAACAAAAAGCACAUCUGGCCCUCCACCUUGCACCUGCGACCUUCAUCGUCAACUUUCGUUGACUCGCCUGGGCCAAAUUAACGACCCCUCUCGAAGAUCACAAUUAAAAAUGGCAUUGAGUGAAAUUUUGAAGUCCGCAUCUCCCGAUAAGCAAAUUUUGUAUCUGGGUGAUGAUUCUCUGCUUCCCAUAUUGGCAAGCAAAAUAUCUGGCAGGACAGUCACAUGUGAAGGUGACGGUCGUUGGUCCCAAAAGAUUGCCGAAGUCAGUGAAGGGGACGUCACUUGGGCAAAGAACGUUCAAGUGCCAGGAGUGGUACUUCUAGAACCUUAUUACACAGAAGCGUUGCUUCCCUGGCAAAAUCUGAAGUUCUUGCCAAGGUUGAGGAAGCUUGAAUGUGACAAGGUCAUGCCUAUGGCAGCCUCAAUUUGGGCAAUGCCGGUUCAGUUCACCCACUUGUGGAAAAUUCGAGCUCCGCUGGGCACUUGCAUGGGAUUUCAGAUGCAACCCUUCGACGAAUUAGUAAUGAAAUCGAUUGUACUGUGUGAUGAGCAAGUGGAGCCGCAACCUCUGUGGGAGUACGAUACUAUUUGCUUAGGAAUUCCGAAGAAAAUUCUCAACCUUGACUUUUUGGAUAGUUCUAGCCUAUUUGAAAAUAGUGACUCGGGAAGUUUUGAGAAAGAGGGAGUCUGCCAUGGAUUUGCUCUUUGGAUGGACUGGCAUUUGACUGCAGAGCUCACUGUGUCCACCGGGCCUACUGAGCCACCAAAAGUGGGUGAAAAAGUGAAAUGGGACAAAUUCACCAGGCAAGGAGUGUAUUUUUCUGACGAGAGGCACGAAGUCACCUCUGAAGACUUCUACAGGUUCAGCGCAACUCAUGAGGUAGAGUCUUGCAAAACUGACUUUUCUUUUGGCAUCUUCCUUCACUUGUGACAUGCAUUUCAAAAUGAAAUUUACUGAUUAUUAUUUUUAUUUUAAAUAAAACAUAAGUUGGAAACAUAAUUUACAAAAGAAUCACACAUAUAAUUAUUUUUCUUAUCAUUCUAAUAAUUUCUCUCUCAUCGUGUCUUGUUCUCUUUGGUGGCCGGCUCUGUGUAGUACGGGUUGUAGUAGAAACAUGGGCCAUGUAAUUUUGGCUCGCAAGGUGAUUCGAGGUUGCAAUGCCAGCAUCUCGAGUCAAUCACCCACAACUCCAAUGGGUCCGAGCACUGUUUCCCAUAACACACGCUGACUUUGACAAGGGCUCUGUAACGGAUUGAUUAGAUGUGAAAUUAUAUUUUAAAUUAAAUUUUCAACCUCGUGCUAUCCUUGUUAAAGUGUUUUCCAACUGAGUGAACAGGAAGUGUCGGAAUUGUGCAAAUCACUGCUUGGAAACUCAGAAAUUCCGCUGCCGAAUAAGCCACUCCCUGGGAUAUAGCUGUGUGGUCUCUGUCUUUAAC